GUCGCGCGAUGGAGGCUCUCCCGAAGAAUGGUUACCUGGAGUUCCACCGCGACACCCUGGAGGUGGUGCGGCGGGGGGUCGGGCUGCACCGGCCCGGGGAGAUGGCUGAUGCUGUGAGGAUCCUGGCCGACUGGGUCAAACAGCAGGAACACUUCCUGAAAAAGGAUAUUGACCCCGUCUACCUGGAGACUCUCAUAGUGAUGUCCAAGGGAUCCCUGGAGCGAGCCAAGGUCAAGCUGGAUAAGAUCUGCACCGUGCGGACCCAGCAGUAUCAGUUCUUCGCGCCAUUCGACAUUGAGAAGGAAUUCCAGUAUAUUAAGGGAACCAGCUUCAUGCUAGCUCUGCCGAAGAUGACUGCGGAGUACAACCGCGUGGUGUUGGGCAAGUUCAUCGGCAAGUUCGGUGACCCCAAGACCAUGGAGACAAUCUACAAAGUGUUGUAUUCCUGUUUGGACUAUGUCAAGCGGUACGACUACCACGCCGGCGUGGAACUCAUCUACGACGUGUCGGGGUGCGACCUCAAGGACGUCAUCGCCAACGUCAACCUCAUGGAACUCAAGAACUGCUACCUCAACCUGCUCGAAAUCUACGGGUUUAGAAUCAAGAAAGUCCAUCUCAUCAUAGGGUCUAAAAUUGCAUACACCCUGAUUAACUUCUUCAAGCAGUUCCUGAAGAAGAAGAUAGUGGACCGUCUGAUGGUGCACGAGAGCUGGGAGGUCCUGCAGCAGUACUACCCCAGACACGUCCUGCCCAAGGACUACGGUGGCACUGAGCGAUCUGUAGCUGAAUUACAAGAGGACAUCAUCACUCAACUGACGACGCUGGAGUACCGGGCGUACCUCAAGGAGCUGUCGGAGAUGAGAGUGGAUGAAGCCCACCGGCCUGUCUCCAGCGAUGACGUCAUCUCCAGCGGCACCUUCAGAGCCCUGACCAUAGACUAGAACAUAACUAGAAGUUAAGAACUAGA